CUGUAAAUAGACCAAGUUUACGCUACUCUUCUGCAGAAACUGAUCAGACGGGUCUUGGAUUGACAGAAGUUAUGGGUACGUGGUAGUCCCCCCUCCUCAUAAAUCCAUCUACUCUGUGAACACAUAAAGAACAGAUUAUGGCUCCAAGUAAACAGGAAUUUUCGCUGAAAAGAUCCAGCGGAACCAGGAGUGGCUCAGUUCUUGGUUUGAGACCGCCGGUGAACUCUCUUCCUUUGCGCCGGAGCUCAGCGGUCUUGCCAUCGGUGCUGACGUUUGCAGUGAUCGUGGCAUCCGGCGGCCUGUUGCUCAUGAUAGAGAAAGGGCUCCUGAAUAGCGUGGACACCCCUCCGCCGAGAGGAAACGGCAAGAAAUUUGACUACCUCAGUCAAUCCAGGCAUGAAAGUUCAGACGCGGACGCCGAAUCUCAGAUUGUGCAGGACAUCCGUAACCGCACCAUCGGCGCAGUGUGCGGGCAGAAGCACAUGCCGCACAGCGUGUGGGCGCUGAGUCCCCUGCAGAGGAAGACCCUGCUGCAGCACGUGCUGGUGAGUGAGGAGCACCGCUUCCUGUUCUGCUACGUGCCCAAGGUGGCCUGCUCCAACUGGAAGCGCAUCCUGAAGGUGCUGAGUGGUGCGCUGCAGAGCGUCAGCGAGCCGCUGAAGAUGGACCACAAGAGCGACCUGCUGUUCCUGAGCGACCUGCAGCCGGAGCAGAUCCGCUACCGGCUGCAGCACUACUUCAAGUUCCUGUUCGUGCGCCACCCGAUGGAGCGUCUGCUCUCCGCCUACCGCAACAAGUUUGGCGAGAUCGCGGCGUACCAGCGCAAGUACGGCGCGGAGAUCGUGCGGCGCUACAGGAAGAACCCGGGCCAGGCCGCGGGCGACGACGUCACCUUCACAGAGUUUGUGCGCUACCUGCUGGACGAGGACGUGGAGCGCAUGAACGAGCACUGGAUGCCCGUUUACAACCUGUGCCAGCCCUGCGCCAUCAACUACGACUUCAUUGGCUCCUACGAGCGGCUGCAGGAGGACGCCGGCUACGUGCUGCAGCGCGUGGGCGCCCCGCCCGCCGUGCAGUUCCCCCAGAGGCAGGCCUGGUACAACCCCGUCACGCCCCAGACACUGCAGUACUACCUCUGCAGCCUGCCCCCACGCCUGCUCGCAGACCUCCUGCCCAAAUACAUCCUGGACUUCUCCCUGUUCAGCUACGCCCUCCCCAACACCACCAGCCAGCACUGCCGACACUAGUCGCCAUUUUAAACUUUCAUUACGACCGCCUUGUUUUUAUACUGAGAACUGUACUCGUACUUCCUAACGGGACUGGGCUGCAUAGCCCAAUGUCUGACAGCAGGGGGAUGAGACCACUAAUGUCAGACACAGGAGUGCAUUGUGGGAUGUCUGUAAUGGUACUGAUGCAUUGUGGGAUGUCUGUAAUGGUACUGAUGCAAUCCUAUAAUCGCCUGCAGUGCCCUCCAUAAUGUUUGGAAGAAAGACAUUUAUUUUAUUUUUCUUGAUUUGACUCUGUACUCCACAAUUUUGUAUUUGUAAUCAAUUUGCAUGUGGUUAAAGUGCAGAUUCUUAGCUUUGAUUAAUUUUUAUACACCAUGGUUUAACCAUGUAGAAAUUACAGUAUUUUUAUACAUAGCCCCCCAUUUCAGGGCACAAUAUUUUAGGGAAAUAUUAAUGUUACAUAAAUUAAAGUCUUUGUGUUUAGUAUUUUGUCACAUAUCUUUCAUUGCAGUGACUACUUGAAGUCUGUGACUCAUGAAGCCUGUCUUCUCUGGUGCUGCUCUGCCAGGCCUGUACUGCUGCCCUCUGCAGCUCCUGCUUGAUUCAGGGGCUAAUAAAAGUUCUUUUCAGCAUA